CCUCCCCUCCAGUCUUGCACAGGUGUACCGGCUCCUCCCCUCCAGUCUUGCACAGGCGUGUACCGGCUCCUCCCCUCCAGUCUUGCACAGGUGUACCGGCUCCUCCCCUCCAGUCUUGCACAGGUGUACCGGCUCCUCCCCUCCAGUCUUGCACAGGGUGCUCCUACCGGCUCCUCCCCUCCAGUCUUGCACAGGCGUACCGGCUCCUCCCCUCCAGUCUUGCACAGGCGUACCGGCUCCUCCCCUUCAGUCUUGCACAGGCGUACCGGCUCCUCCCCAGCAGUCUUGCACAGGCUACCGGCUCCUCCCCUUCAGUCUUGCACAGGCGUACCGGCUCCUCCCCUCCAGUCUUGCACAGGUGUACCGGCUCCU